AUAUAUCUAAGUCAACCUUUAAACACAAUACUACGUUUUCUAUCGUCUUGAAAGGAUCCAAUCCCUUACUGAGUUUAUGUAACACCAUCGAGUAGUGUGUUCCCAUUACAAGAUCUAUGUUCAUUUGUCUCAAUAAUAAUGUUUAGUUUUAAGCAUGUAUACUUUUCAAGAUUCAGAGUGUGUCAGCAUUUCAGCCUGUACAUACACGUACUCUACCAAGUAAAGAAUGGAGACGCACUAGCUUCAUUCAUUCCUCCUAGAACCCUCCACAGCGACGAGAAUGGGAUAUGGUAUAUUCCAACGCUCCUACAGUGUUUUACAGUGAUUUCAACAUGUGUUCCUUCACACAGGUAUGUGACUACAGCAGAACACAACAGAUUGGCGACGAGUGGUAACGUCCCAAGCAGACGGCGCCUUCCAAGCAAGCCAACCAAGUUUGGUAAGGAGCGUAACCACAGCAGUCAACCACAACCACCACUACGAUGGUUCUGGAUGUUCCGGCUCCCAAGGCGUUCUCGGUGCAAGAGGAUCCAUCUUCAGUAGCACAGAGGUGGAAGAAAUGGAUGUCUUCCUUUGAAGUUUACCUCAGGGCUGCAGGGGUAACUAAGGUAGACCAGAAGGCUGCAUUGUUGCUGCAUGUCGCUGGAUUGGAGGUACAGGAUAUUUUUGCCACUUUACAACCUGAAGGUGAGGCCUAUGAUGACCUUAAAACUUGCCUCAAUAACUAUUUCACACCCAAGGCCAACAUCAGAUAUGAGCGUUUUUUGUUCAGCCAGUGUGUCAAUGAAGCAAAUGAGAAAAUUGACACAUUUGUGACUAAGCUCAAACGCCUUGCACUGUCAUGUGAAUUCACUGACACCAAUGAUGUCAUAAUUGAUCAGGUCAUAGCAAAAUGUAAAUCACAUGAGUUGAGGAAAAAGUUGCUCCAAGAGAAAAACCUAACUCUGGACAAGGUACUAGAAAUUGCUAGGGCACUUGAAGCAGCUACUUCUCAAGCUCAGGUUAUUGAAGGCAAAGCACACAACAGCAGUCAGGUUCAAAUUAACAAACUAUCAAAAAAUCCCAAGCAACCACAGAAACAGUGGCAGACAGGUAACAACACAAAGGCACAUGGGAAGCCUGAAGGGAAACAGCCUACGGCUCCAGCUAACAAAACACAUGCUAACCAUCCUUCACAGCAUAACAAGGUGAAAGGACAACAUACAUUUCACACAUGUUACAGAUGUGGUAGGGCAGGUCAUUAUCCCAGUGACAGAACAAAAUGUCCAGCCACUGACAAACAAUGUAACAACUGUGGACGCAAAGGUCAUUUUAGCACUAUGUGUAAAUCCCGCAAACCAGAACACAUUAAUUGUGCCUUAACUAUGGCUGAAUCUCAACAAUCAGCUGAGGAUGAACAGGAAUUUGCUUUUCAAAUCAAUUCUCUAUCAAGCAAGGAGAAGAGAUUAAUGAUCACAGUCAACAUAAAUGAUACGCCAAUUGCCAUGCAAGUUGACACGGCUGCAGAUGUCUCAGUAAUGCCAGAACAGGUGGCGCGCAAGAUUCCUGAUUUAUCCAUUGAACCUUGUAACAAAGUUCUCAAGGAUUACAACUCACAUACCAUUCAAGUAAUUGGUCUAGCCAAAGUAAAUGUCCAGUAUGAUCAGCAAACAACAAACUUGUCUAUCACCAUUGUGAAAGGUCAAGGUCAGACAUUAAUGGGUCUAGACUGGUUAAAACACAUCAAGCUAGACUGGUCAAAGGUUUUCAAUGUUCUGAAGGUAGAGCAUAAAUCAGAAAUUCCUUUAAGUGAAACCUUAUCACACUUCAAAGAAAUUUUCAGUGAAGGCCAUGGCACAGUUAAAAAUGUUAAGGCAUCUUUAGCACUCAAAUCAGAUGCGACACCUAAAUUUUGUGCACCUAGAGCUAUUCCAUAUGCUUUAAAGGCAUCAGUGGAACAGGAAAUUAGGAGGUUAGAGUCAGAAGGAACAUGGGAAAGAGUUAUGUACUCAGACUGGGGAACACCUUUAGUCCCUGUUGCAAAGAAGGGCGGUGGCGUUCGCUUAUGUGGAGAUUACAAAGUCACAUUAAAUCCACAACUGCAAAUAGCCCAACAUCCUCUACCUAACCCCACAGACAUGUUCUCAACCCUAGGAAAAUGCAAAAUUUUCUCAAAGAUUGAUAAGAAUCAAGCUUUUCAGCAAUUAAUCAUGGAUGACAAAUCACAGGAAUACUGCACAAUAAACACACAUUUAGGUUUGUUUCGUCCAAAGAGACUGCCAUAUGGUGUAGCCAGUAGUCCUGCAAUAUGGCAACAAACCAUGGACAAAAUAUUCAAUGGGCUACCUGGUGUAUUUUGCUUCAUAGAUGACAUAUUAAUUGCAGGCAAAGAUGAAACAGAGCAUCAAGAAAGACUAGCAGCAGUAUUAAGGCGGAUCCAAGACAAUGGCAUAAAAAUUCAUAGGAAUAAAUGCCAGUUUCAUGUUCCAUCUAUUGAAUACUUAGGUUUCAUUAUAAAUGAACAAGGCAUUCACAAAACAAAUGACAAGGUAAAGGCAGUUCAGUCAGCAAAAGUGCCUGAAAAUGUAAAGGAGCUUCAGUCAUUCUUAGGACUAGUAACAGUUUCUGGAAAGUUCAUAAGGAACUUAGCUACCAUUGCAGAACCCUUGUAUCAACUGCUCAACAAGGACGUACAAUGGAACUGGACAGAAGACUGUCAGAAGUCUUUUGAGAAGAUCAAAACAGAGAUAACUUCACCAAAUUUCUUGACACAUUUCAGAAUGGAUUUGCCAGUAAAAUUAGUCUGUGACGCCUCACAAGUAGGAGUAGGGGCAGUUUUAGCUCAUGAAAUGCCAGAUGGUACAGAAAAACCAAUUGCAUAUGCAUCAAGAUUGCUUAACAAGGCAGAAAGGAAUUAUUCUCAAAUUGAGAAGGAAGGUCUUGCACUUGUAUAUGGUGUCAAAAAAUUCCAUAUAUACUUAUAUGGCAGAAAAGAAUUCAAACUAGUCACAGAUCACAAGCCAUUACUAGCUAUUGUUGGUCCAAAGUCAGGUCUUCCAACUUUAGUGGCUGCACGACUCCAACGCUGGGCUAUCACACUAGCAGCAUACAACUACACAUUGGAGUACAGACCUACAGCUAAGAUGGGAAACGCAGAUGCAUUGUCUCGCUUACCUGUCGAUAAAGCACCUACAGAUCAUGAUGUUAGUAUUUUGCUAAUAGAUUGCUACAACUUACCUAUCACAGCUAAACACAUAGCACAAGGUAUAAAACAAGAUCCUACAUUGUCAAAGGUACUGCAAGCUUUAGUAACUGGAAGAGAUUCAUUACUGACUAGUGAAGAAUGUAAACCGUAUGUGGCAGUAUGGUCAGAGCUCAGUGUAGAACAAGACUGCAUAUUGCGUGGAUCAAGGAUAGUCGUUCCUAAACAACUCAGAGAACAGGUUCUUACAGAGUUACACGCUGACCACCAAGGUAUUGUCAGAGCAAAAGCAGUUGCUAGAAGUUACAUGUGGUGGCCAGGAGUGGAUAAAGACAUUGAAACAUAUAUUAAACAAUGUACAUCAUGUGCUAUCCAUCAAAAUGAUCCAAAGCCAGCACGUUUUCACCCAUGGGAAUAUCCUAGAUAUCCAUGGCAGAGACUGCACAUUGACUAUGCAGGUCCCUUUCUUGGACAUUCAUAUUUAAUUGUUGUUGAUGCUUACAGUAAAUGGCCAGAGAUCAUUCCAAUGCAAUCAACUACCUCAAGUAACACAAUCAGGACACUGAUGCAAAUCUUUGCUGUACAUGGUUUACCAGAACGCAUUGUAUCAGAUAAUGGUCCACAAUUUUGUUCACAGGAAUUCAAAGACUUUUUAACAGUCAAUGGCAUUCAGCACAUACAGUCAGCACCAUAUCAUCCUGCCACAAAUGGUGAAGCUGAACGAUUUGUACAGACAUUCAAACAGCAUAUGAAGUGUAAGAAUGUGAACAGUACCAAUGUGCACUCAGGCAUCAGCAAGUUUCUCUUGACUUACAGGACUACUCCGCAUGCAACAACGGGGGUGGCACCAUCUAUUUUAUUAAUGGGAAGGAGGAUCAGAACCAAGUUAGACUUAAUGUUACCAAAUUUCCUUAGUGAACAGCAAAGCAAAGGCUGGAAGCAAUUACAACACCAAGGGAAAGUAAGAGCAUUCGAGCCUUCAUCUCCAGUGAUGGUUAGGUCAUACACCACACCAGACAAGUGGGUACCAGGAACAAUUGAACGUCAAGUAGGCAAUAUGCACUAUGAUGUCAAGGUAAAUGGUAGUGUCACAAAGAGACACAUUGAUCAGUUAAAACCUUCUUGGACUGAUAAAACUCAAAAUAACUCUUCUGUAGAGCAAAACGCUUCUGCAAUUCAACACGGUGCAGAGCAGAUAGUUCCUUCCAACAAUGAUGAACAGUUAGCACAACCCACAGUACCCUUACGCCACAGUCCUGCUGCACACAGAGUACUUCCUGAUAGGGCAACCAGAGGAUUACCUUCCGAGAGAUUAGACUUGUAA